GGAACAUUAAAGUGUGGUAGUAAUCGGUGCCAAAUUUGUACUUUUCUGUGUGUGGGGAGAACUUUCCGCAGCAAAACCAAUGGGAAGGAAUUCCGUAUUAAUUACAACUUAAAUUGUAACUCCAAAAACGUGGUUUAUCUUAUUACUUGUAAGGUAUGUGGCAUUCAAUAUGUUGGAUCCACUACCACUACUUUUCGGUCUAGGUUCAAUAAUCACAGAAGUAGGAUCAAUGCCCAUCUCAAGUUGUCUUCUGAAAAUAAGAGGAAUGAUGAUUUUCUUUACCAGCAUUUUCAUAGUUCGGGA